UGGAUUGAAACGUUUGUUUUUAAAAUCAUUUUAUUAAAUUUAUUUUGUGGUACAAAUUUCGUAUUAGCUAUGUUAAAUCUCUUAGUUCGAUUUUUCAAUUGUAUAAUUAAUUAAAAUGUAAUGGAUUAAUUUUAGAUUCAGAAAUUUGUUCGCAAAACUCAUGCGUGUUUACAUUUAUUCAGUGAUAUCAUUUUUUAAAGUUUGUUAAAAUAUAACCCUCUCUACCAUGUCUCCUCCAAUAAGAAAUUUAUCACAAGAUAGUAGAGAUUCCUUGUUGCAUCAAUUGCAGAAAUUCAUUUCAUCUGAUACAAAGUCUUAUACAUUUCCAUCAUCAUUGACAUCGGAAGAACGUAAAUACUUGCAUUUAAAAAGUGCUGAGCUUGGAUUAAAAUCUAAAAGUUAUGGAAAACCAGGUCACAGAUCAAUAACUAUUCAAAUGGAUAAAAAAAAAGUCAACAAUAAGGCUUGUAGUAUAGAAGUAUCUGUAGCUUCAAAUGAUAUAAUAAAAAAAAUUUGUGAUCAUGUUCCUAUUACUAAACAAAUGUAUGAUGAUUUACUUCCUAAUCCUAUGAAACCAUAUCGACGAAUGGCGGUGGCGAAUUGUAAACGAAAUCUUCCACUUAUGUGUGAUAAGCCUAUGUCUAUACCUCGUUUUGCUGUUGAUGAAGAUUUAUUAUUAAUGAGAAAGUCUUUACCAAUAUGGGCAAAAAAAGGACAAAUAACUCACGCAAUUGAAAAUAAUCCUGUAGUAAUCAUUACAGCUGAGACUGGAUCUGGAAAAACUACUCAAAUCCCACAGUUCAUAAUAGAUGAUAGUGCUGCAAAAAAUAAACCAUGUCGGGUUAUAUGUUGUCAACCAAGAAGGAUUGCAGCUAUAUCAAUGGCUGAUAGAGUGUCUAAUGAGCGUGGAGAAAGUAUUGGAAUGAGUACUGGAUAUCAAGUUAGACUUGAAAGCUGUGUUAGUCAAGAUACAACAAUUAUAUAUUGCACAACUGGUGUAUUGACAAGGACACUUAUGGAUCGGCAUCAAAAAGACAAUGAACCUAACAAAGGAAUGUUGAUGAAUGUUUCCCACGUAAUAGUUGAUGAAGUACAUGAGCGUGAUAAACAUGUGGAUUUUCUUCUUAUAGCAUUACGUAUGAUUUUACCAAAAUAUAAUCAUUUGAAACUUAUUUUAAUGUCAGCUACAGCAGAUAUACACUUAUUUUCUAAUUAUUUUAAUAACUGUCCUGUUUUGAAAGUGGAAGGAAAAAUUUUCCCGGUACAGGAUUAUUUUUUAGAGGACAUUUUGGACACAAUUAAAUACGAGUCUCCAUCAAUGUCAAGAAUAAAAAAUAAAACUAAAAUUGGUUAUUGGGAUAAUGAUAUUGUAGAAAGAACUGUUGAAGCUGUUCAGAAUAUGAACCUUAUAGAACCAAUUACUACACUGAUGCCUGAUCAAGAAUGGUUAAAAUCAGAAUUAGAUGAUUGUAUGCACCAAAUUUGGUUCAAUGCUGAAGUUGAGCAAAUUGAUAGAAUGAUUUAUUACAUUAUGUCAGAAGGAAUUCCAGUAGAUUAUCAACAUUCAGAUACUGGUGUAACUUUGUUAAUGCUUGUAGCAGUUCAUGGACUAAAUGAUUAUGUAACUACGUUAUUAAACAUGGGCGCUAAUCCAAACAUACGAACCAGGGUAUUCAAUAUGGAUGCAGCUACAUGGGCAACAGAAUUUAAACAAUUUGAUACUAGAGAUUUGAUUAUUAACAGCAAAGGCAUUCUUACACAAACAGAUAUCCAGAAAAACGAAAAUUUGGAUGAAGUAGAAGUUAAAGAAAGAUUAGAACUAUAUAAAAAAAGUUUACCUCCCAAUAUUAUAAUUGAUGCCUAUUUAAUAACCUAUCUUAUUAAACAUAUACUUUUUAAAAAGAACGCAGGUUCUAUUUUAGUUUUUUUGCCUGGAUUUGAAGAUAUGUCUAUGGUUAAUAAAGUUAUUGUUGAAGAACUUAUUACUAAAGACAAUUUAAAAAUUACAAUUUACAUGUUACAUUCUAUGAUGCAGACAUCUGAUCAACGCAGAGUCUUUCAACCUGCACCUAAAGGUCAUCAAAAAGUUAUAUUAGCAACUAACAUUGUAGAAACUAGUGUUACAAUCAAUGAUGUUGUAUACGUGAUUGAUUCUGGGAGAGUAAAACAGAAAGGCUACAAUGCUUUUAAUGGAAUUAGUUGUAUGAAUGUAAAUUGGAUAUCCCAAAGUUGUGCAAAACAAAGAGCUGGCCGUGCUGGAAGACUAUGUGCUGGUGAAUGUUAUCGUCUUUAUACGAGAGAACACCAUAGUCACAUGGCAUCUCAUGAUGUACCUGAAAUUCUUAGAAUGCCUCUACAAGAACUUUGCAUGUUAGCAAAAGUGAUUUCCAAUAAUAUGAGAGUAGUAGACUUUUUAGCGUCAGCUAUACAACCACCACCGACAUUAUCAGUUACUUCUGCUCUCGAAUAUCUAAAGACGAUAGAAGCAAUGGAUGUGAAUGAAGACUUAACAGAUCUUGGAUUUUUUAUGUUAGAUUUAUCUAUUGAAUCUCAUUAUGCUAAAUCACUAGUAUUUGCUAUAUUUUUGAAAUGCUUGGAUCCUGUACUAACAAUUAUUAGCUGUUUAGCUAAUAGAGAACCGUUUAAUUUGACUCUUAAUGUAAAUAUGAAGACUUCGUUAGGAUCUAUUCGUAAGAAAUUAGCUGGUGAUUCAUUGAGUGAUCAUAUAGUCCUUUUGCGCCUAUAUCAAGCAUUUAAUGAAGGAAAUAUGGUUGAUAGUGAUUUAUUUAACCUUGUUUCACAAUCAAUUAUGGGAUUAAUUACACAAACUAGAACUCAAUUAUUAGGUCAGUUAAGAGCAUUAGAGCUAAUUCAGACUCGUGCUGGACCUAAUGAUAUAAGGGAUGUAAAUAUCAAUUCGAAUAAUUGGGCUGCUGUUAAAGCUUGUUUAUUAGCUGGAUUGUAUCCAAAUUUGGCUAAACUAGAUAAAUCUAAUCCAAGACCAAUUUUAAAAACAAAGACAGAAAAAAGUGUUAUUUAUCACGGAUCAAGUGUUUUACGUGAAAAUUAUGUGAAAGAUUUACCAUCAGAAUGGAUAAUAUUUGAAGAAAUGAGUUCUUUCAAUACUAAAAAAUUUAUAAAAAACUGUACAGUAGUAUCACCCAUGUCAGUGGCACUUUUUUCUAGUGCUAUGAAAUUACCUCAAGAUUCUGUUAAAACUGCAGAUGAUAGUGAUGAUAGUGACGAAGAAAUUGAAGACAAAUUGGGAACAUUAAACUUGGAUGGCUGGACUAGUUUUGUUGGAAGCUCAGAUGAUAUUGCAAAAGUCUUAAACAUGCGGUUAUGUCUAACUCUAGCUUACCGUGAAUUUCUUAAAAAUAAAAUGAUCUCACAACAUAGUUCCUUUAGUAAUGUUGUUCAAUCAGUUGUUAAAAUAUUAUCUGCAGAAGAUAGCGCUGUAGGAUUGGAGGCUCCAGAUGAUGUUGGUAAACGUCCUAAAGAGAAUAGUAAUAAAGGUCGUCAUAGCAAGAAUAAUGAUAAUUCUUCAUUUUCUUCUUUUCGCAAAUAUCCAUAUGGUCAGCACUCUCAAAAUAAAAGUUAUACAGACAGCAACUCAAGUUUUAGAACAAGUAGAAAUAGUUAUAACAUGCCUAAUAUUAGAGGCACAAGUAAUAGACAUUAUCAACAGAAUUAUUCAACUCCAAGUACAUCUCAGGUUAACAAUAACUACAAAUGGUAAUAUCGUAGACUUAAUUUUUAUUAAAAAACAGUAUUAUAAUAAAUAUAACCUUAUCAUAACCUGCAUUAAAGCAGACUUUUUUAACAAAAAUAAUUUAUUGUUAUUUUAUUUAAAGUAAAAUACUUUUGUUAUUUAGUUUCUUAAUUACAACCAAAUGUAUAAAUUUAAGUUACGAAUUGUAUUGUUUUAAAUAUUUAUUAAGAAAAACGGCUCCAUAAAAAUUAAUGAGUUCAUAAUUAGUUUUAUAUGCUGCUUUUCGUAAUUAAACAUAAUUAAUUCAUUGUAAAUCAAGUAUUUUUAAUUACAUUUUUUAGUUUUUCAGUAUAAUUCCAGAAAUGUUGAUUAUGUUUAAUAACAUUUAUUAAUA